AUGCAACUCGGACUCUCUUUCUCUACGCUUCUGGCAAGCAUUUUAUUGGCAUCCAGCAUCGAUGCUCGUCCUGUCGCCGAACCCGUUGGAAUGGUAAAAUUGCCGAUACGCCGUGUUGAGCAACGCAGUACCGAUGUUCAUCCUCAUGUUUAUCUCCAACAACAUAUUAACCGCGGGAACAAACGACUAGCGCUCAUGAGCGGGAGAGAAAUCCCUUCCGACGAUGAGCUCAGACACCGUAUUCUGAAAAGACUGGACGCCAUCGAUCGCCCUCGGUCGAAGAGGUCGAACCACGUUGGAUUGGCGGGUGGCAAAGCACCAGUGGCCGGCCUUUCUCUGAAUUUGAAGGAGGGAGAUGCUGCUCAAGGGAAUAGAGGUGGCAAGCAAAAAAAUAAUGGUACUCCUCCCACUGGUAACACUCGCGGUAACGGUACUCCUCCUACUGGGGCCGGUACUAAUGACGGUACUCCUCCCACUGGUAACACUGGUGGUAACAGUACUAGCGACGGUACCCCUCCCACUGGUGACACUGGCGGUAACGGUACUCCUCCCACUGGUAACACUGGUGGUAACAGUACUAGCGCCGGUACCCCUCCCACUGGUGACACUGGCGGUAACGGUACUCCUCCCGCUGGAGCCGGCACUCCCCCUGAAGGUGUACAAGCUGCCAACCCACCGAGCGCCAAAGAUUCCCUGGGUCUUGACAUCGAGGGUGCCGACCUCAGCUUCCUCGCCACCAUUCAGAUGGGCACCCCUCCCAGAGACUUUUCGAUCCUCAUGGAUUCCGGAUCCGCAGAUCUGUGGGUCGGGUCAGAAAAUUGUCAGACCGCUCAAGCUGCGGCACCACCUGCUGGUGCUGCGGGUCUUCAAGCCCGCGCUCGUGGUGGUGGUGGUGGUGUCGGUAAUGGUGCCGGUAAUGGUGCCGGUGUUGGUGGUGGUAAUGGUGGUAACGGUAGGGCUGGUAAUGGUGCCGGGGCUGGUGGUGUUGGUGCUGGUGCUGGUAAUGCCGGUAAUGGCGCUGCUGGUGGUGCCGGGGCUGGUGGUGUUGGUGCUGGUGCCGGUAAUGCCGGUAAUGGCGCUGCUGGUGCUGGUGCUGGUGGUACUGGUGGUAAUGGUGCCGGGGCUGGUAAUGGUACUGGUGCCGGUGCUGCUGGGGCUGGUGCUGCUGGAUGUGGAAACCACAAAUUCCUUGGUCCUCAAUCCUCUAGCUCGUUCCAAGAUUCCGGAAAGGCUUUCCAGGUCACCUACGGUACCGGUGCUGUUGCUGGCACCAUCGUUCAAGACAACAUAGUUGUUGCAGGACUCACGUUGAAAGCACAUACGUUUGGUACCGCGCAGCAAGAGACGCAGGACUUUUCGGAUAAUAGCGUGCCCUUCGAUGGUCUGAUGGGCUUGGCUAAAUCCACCCUAUCCGAACAAAAAACUCUCACACCGAUCGAGGCUCUCGCGAAACAGGGACUGGUGAAAGAAGCCAUCACUUCCUACAAGAUUCCAAGACUAGCUGAUAACAAGAACGACGGGGAGAUCACGUUUGGUGGUCUGGAUAGCACGAAAUUCGAUCAGCAAACGCUCGUGUCCUUACCCAACGUCAACAAGAAUGGGUUCUGGGAGGGUGCUAUGGACGAUGUCACCGUAGAUGGUCAAAGCACCCAGUUGCAAGGUCGUACCGCCAUUUUGGAUACCGGUACUACCUUGAUUAUCGCCCCUGCUCAAGAUGCUGCCACUGUUCACAAGUUGAUUACCGGUGCUCAAGCCGAUGGUCAAGGAGGUUUUGUCCUUCCAUGUACCUUCAAUCAAACCGUGGCACUCUCCUUUGGUAAGGCAACAUUUGCAAUCGAUCCUCGGGACAUGAUCGUUGGUGGACAGCCGGUUGCCCAAGACCCACAGACAGGAGAGCAAUUGUGUCUUUCGGGUAUAAGCGAGGGAAAUAUUGGAGGUGCACAGGAGUGGUUGGUAGGGGAUGUGUUCUUGAAGAAUGCGUAUUUCAGUACGGAUGUGGGUAAGGACACUGUUUCGCUGGCGAAACUUGUUUGA